AUGUUGUUCCACGCUAUCCUCCCUUCAGCGAGUACUUUGCUUUUGCUUGCCAGCCAGUUCUCACAAACCUCUGGUGCCGCCCUUUCCGAAGAACACAUUUAUAUGAUGAACCGGAGAGACUGGUAUAAUUCCAUGACCGGCAAAGCUCUCGAUUUCCACAAGAAUAAAGGCCGAGAGUUCGACGAUUUUGUUGCGAAAGAGAAACUUCGCAAACGUCAAGACUACGACUGGCAUCCAGCGUACACUUAUGCUAGCAAUUGGGGCUAUCACUCCUUUUGGGCAAGCAAAAGUUGCGAUAAUACUAACAGGAAAUCAUGGUACUACGGUACCCUUGUCCGCACGAUCACAUAUGGCGAACGUCCCUCCCAAAAUGUCAGAGAAAUGGCGUGGUGGCAGAAUAUGACAUGGUAUACCAAUACCGUCCCGUCUGGAACAAGUCAGUGCUACCGUUGGGGUCAGCCGACUUGGAAUUAUCACUCUUCAACUGGAAAUUCGCAACAAUGCAAGGACAAAAUUUAUAACCCGGCUACUCAAGCCUGGACUGAACGUAGUUCCUCGAAUACCAACGUCGGGUGGACAUCAAAUAAUGUUACCUAUGGCAGCCAGACAGUCAGAACCAUAUGGGACUGCCUUCUCAACCGUACCGCCGUCGAAUAUCAGAACAACCACCCCCAGAUUGGCUUCAAACCCGUUCGAUAUAUACUUGAUGGCAUGACAUUUUAUAGAUUUUACGAUAGCAACAACUUCGCAUGGUUCCUUGGCUGUCCUGACGAAUGGUCACUCAAGAAAGUCAAGCGCAACCGGCUACAAAAACGUGACUGUUUUUUCUGUUGGAAUAAUAACCCGAUUUGGGAUUUCUUACCUGGUAACCUUCACAAUCCCCUCGCGGACUCCACUCCGCUAGAGUGGUAUUCUGGGGAUAUCAACAACUAUAAUGUUGACCGGAUCAAUACUAUCAACUUUUGGCCACCCAGAAACAACAGAAACACAACGAUUGAGGGGCGCAAGUGUACCCAGCUAGCUGUUAGUAGGCCUGGGUUAAGACAUUGGACUGCUAAAUUCUUCGAUGAUGACGAUCUACAAUUGGGAUGGGUGAAGAAGAAUGCCGAAUGGAACUAUCCGGGCCCGUGGCUGGAUAUUGAGGGUGAGCGUAAGGCUAACGGCCUUUCAACCAACUAA